CCGGGAAGCGGGGAAGCCGCGCAGCCCAGCUCGGUGGGAGCGCUUCAUGCCGCCUACUGGUUUAGAGCCCGCCAGAAUGAACAGGAAGAAAGGAGACAAGGGCUUUGAAAGCCCAAGGCCGUAUAAAUUAACCCAUCAGGUCGUCUGCAUCAACAACAUAAACUUCCAGAGAAAAUCGGUUGUGGGAUUCGUGGAACUGACUAUAUUUCCAACAGUUGCAAACUUGAAUAGAAUCAAGUUGAACAGCAAACAGUGUAGAAUAUACCGAGUAAGGAUCAAUGAUUUAGAAGCUGCUUUUAUUUAUAAUGACCCAACUUUGGAAGUCUGUCACAAUGAAUCAAAACAGAGAAAUCUUAAUUAUUUUUCCAAUGCUUAUGCAGCUGCAGUUAGUGCUGUGGAUCCUGACGCAGGAAAUGGAGAACUUUGCAUAAAGGUUCCAUCAGAGUUAUGGAAACAUGUUGAUGAAUUAAAGGUCCUAAAGAUACACAUCAAUUUUUCUUUGGAUCAGCCAAAAGGAGGUCUUCAUUUUGUGGUACCCAGUGUUGAGGGAAGUAUGGCAGAGAGAGGUGCUCAUGUUUUCUCUUGUGGGUAUCAAAAUUCCACAAGAUUUUGGUUCCCAUGUGUUGAUUCAUACUCUGAAUUAUGUACAUGGAAAUUAGAAUUUACAGUAGAUGCCGCAAUGGUGGCUGUUUCUAAUGGAGAUUUGGUGGAGACAGUCUAUACCCAUGAUAUGAGGAAGAAGACCUUUCAUUACAUGCUUACCAUUCCAACAGCUGCAUCAAAUAUCUCUUUGGCCAUUGGACCUUUUGAAAUACUUGUAGAUCCCUAUAUGCACGAGGUUACUCAUUUCUGUUUACCUCAACUUCUUCCAUUGCUUAAACAUACUACGUCAUAUCUUCAUGAAGUUUUUGAAUUUUAUGAAGAAAUUCUUACAUGCCGAUACCCUUACUCCUGUUUUAAAACUGUAUUCAUUGAUGAGGCUUAUGUUGAAGUGGCUGCUUAUGCUUCCAUGAGCAUUUUUAGCACAAAUCUCUUACAUAGUGCUAUGAUUAUAGAUGAGACACCUCUGACUAGAAGGUGUUUAGCCCAGUCCUUGGCACAGCAGUUUUUUGGAUGUUUCAUAUCCAGAAUGUCUUGGUCUGAUGAAUGGGUAUUGAAAGGAAUUUCCGGCUAUAUUUAUGGACUUUGGAUGAAAAAAACUUUUGGUGUUAAUGAAUACCGCCAUUGGAUUAAAGAGGAGCUAGACAAAAUAGUGGCGUAUGAACUAAAAACUGGUGGAGUUUUACUACAUCCCAUAUUUGGUGGAGGAAAAGAGAAGGAUAAUCCAGCAUCUCAUCUACACUUUUCAAUAAAGCAUCCACAUACGCUUUCCUGGGAAUACUACACUAUGUUUCAGUGUAAAGCUCACCUUGUGAUGAGAUUGAUUGAAAAUAGGAUCAGUAUGGAAUUCAUGCUACAGGUUUUUAAUAAACUGUUAAGUUUGGCUAGUACUGCUUCAUCACAGAAGUUCCAGUCACAUAUGUGGAGUCAGAUGUUGGUUUCCACAUCUGGGUUUUUGAAAUCCAUCUCAAAUGUCUCUGGCAAAGACAUCCAGCCUUUAAUAAAGCAGUGGGUAGAUCAGAGUGGAGUGGUAAAGUUUUAUGGGAGUUUUGCAUUUAACAGAAAACGAAAUGUCUUGGAAUUGGAAAUAAAACAAGAUUAUACAUCCCCUGGAACUCAGAAAUACGUGGGACCACUUAAAGUGACAGUGCAGGAGUUAGAUGGAUCCUUCAAUCAUACAUUGCAAAUUGAAGAAAACAGCCUUAAACAUGAUAUUCCCUGUCAUUCCAAAAGCAGAAGGAAUAAGAAGAAAAAAAUUCCAUUGAUGAAUGGAGAAGAAGUUGACAUGGACCUUUCUGCAAUGGAUGCUGAUUCCCCUUUGCUGUGGAUAAGGAUAGACCCAGAUAUGUCAGUGCUAAGAAAAGUGGAGUUUGAGCAAGCUGACUUCAUGUGGCAAUAUCAGCUCCGCUAUGAGAGAGAUGUUGUUGCACAGCAGGAGUCUAUUCUGGCCUUGGAGAAGUUCCCUACGCCAGCAUCUCGCCUUGCACUCACUGACAUAUUAGAACAAGAGCAGUGUUUCUACCGAGUAAGAAUGUCUGCUUGCUUCUGCCUUGCAAAGAUUGCAAAUUCAAUGGUGAGCACGUGGACGGGACCACCAGCCAUGAAGUCACUCUUUACUCGAAUGUUUUGUUGCAAGACUUGUCCAAACAUUGUGAAAACAAACAACUUUAUGAGCUUUCAAAGCUAUUUUCUACAGAAGACUAUGCCGGUUGCAAUGGCUUUAUUGAGAGAUGUUCACAAUCUUUGUCCCAAAGAAGUCUUAACAUUCAUUUUAGACUUAAUCAAGUACAAUGACAACAGAAAAAAUAAGUUUUCAGAUAACUAUUACCGUGCUGAAAUGAUUGAUGCCCUUGCCAACUCUGUUACGCCUGCAGUCAGUGUGAACAAUGAAGUUCGAACUUUGGACAACUUAAAUCCAGAUGUGCGACUCAUUCUUGAAGAAAUCACCAGGUUUUUGAAUAUGGAAAAACUUCUUCCAAGUUAUAGACAUACCAUCACUGUCAGUUGUUUGAGAGCCAUACGAGUGCUUCAAAAGAAUGGACAUGUGCCAAGUGAUCCAGCUCUUUUUAAAUCUUAUGCAGAGUAUGGCCAUUUUGUGGACAUUAGGAUAGCCGCUUUGGAAGCAGUUGUUGAUUAUACUAAAGUGGACAGGAGUUACGAAGAACUGCAAUGGCUACUUAAUAUGAUUCAGAAUGACCCUGUACCCUAUGUAAGACAUAAGAUUCUAAACAUGUUGACUAAGAACCCACCAUUUACUAAGAACAUGGAGUCUCCGUUAUGCAAUGAAGCCUUGGUAGAUCAACUUUGGAAACUUAUGAACUCUGGAACUUCACAUGACUGGAGGUUACGGUGUGGUGCUGUGGACUUGUACUUCACACUUUUUGGCCUCAGUAGACCUUCCUGCUUGCCCUUACCAGAGCUUGGGUUGGUUCUUAAUCUAAAAGAGAAAAAAGCUGUCUUGAAUCCGACCAUAAUUCCAGAGGCCAUAGCAGGCAACCAAGAAGCCGCGAUUAAUCCAAGUAGUCACGCACAGCUAGUUGGAUUUCAGAACCCUUUCUCAAAUUCUCAAGAUGAGGAGGAAAUUGAUAUGGACACUGUUCAUGAUAGCCAGGCGUUUAUUUCUCAUCAUUUGAACAUGCUUGAAAGGCCAUCGACUCCAGGGCUCUCUAAAUAUCGGCCAACUAGCUCCCGAUCUGCUUUAAUACCUCAGCACUCAACAGGCUGUGAUGGCACACCCACCACGAAACCCCAGUGGAGCAUGGAGCUUGCACGGAAGGGAACAGGUAAAGAACAGUCACCAUUGGAGAUGAGUAUGCAUCCAGUUGCUGCAGCUCCACUAUCAGUGUUUACAAAGGAGCCCGUGUCCUCCAAACACAGUGACCACCAUCACCACCAUCACCACGAGCACAAGAAAAAGAAGAAGAAGCACAAACAUAAGCACAAGCAUAAGCACAAGCACGAUGGUAAAGAGAAGGACAAAGAGCCCUUCAGCUUCUCCAGCCCCGCCAGUGGCAGGUCUGUUCACUCCCCUUCUCUUUCUGACUGAGGAGGGGACAAACGAGACCUUUCCCUCAGUGUCCAGGAGAGUACAGCUAAAGCUUGUCCUCUGUAAAGAAUGAUAAAAGAAAACAGACAAAAAAAAAUAGUUGCCUUUCUCAUAGAAAUUCAGAAUCCAUGGAAGUUCUAAACACUUGAUUUAUGUUAUUUAUGCAAUUGAGAUCUAGUUAGAAAAAUGUUUUAUAGUUCUGGAUAAACCAUUUCAUCCUGUUUUCUCCUCAGAGCGCGUGCGUGCAGGUGCACGCGCGCGCACACACACACAGCUUCACAGAGGCCCUCAUGCCACAAGCAGUUCCCAUUCACAUCAUGGUCUUCAUGUGUACUGCCAAUUUCAAUUAUGUUGUAGUCUUCGAUGGAUGUUACAGGGCAAAGUUAUGUUUUAAACAAGCUACUGCCAGAGCAGUGGUGAAACCAUUAUUCCGGUGAAAUGUUGUAUAACACUAUUUGGAACCACCGAGAAAGACCUAGGCUUUUCUAUAGGAAUCUUUAUUACAUGGUAUUUUUUUUUUGUUUUAACCAUAGAGGCUAAACAUCAGGAGUUGUGAACAAGAAUACAUGGUUAUUUUCUUUUGCCCUAAAAUACUGAAAUUUUCAGAAGCAGCUCUUUUAAAAAAAAAUGUUUUUGAAAUAGCAUUUUUGAUAGUACAUUUGGUGAUUAUGAUGUUGGAAUUUAAUAGGACUCUCAAAUCCACAGUUCUCAAAUCAAGAUGUUCAAAUUAUAAAUUCUUUUUUUUCAUUAAGUAUAAGUGAAUAUGUUCAUAUAUAGAAUAUGUUCGCUGAUGUAGACAAUUUACAUACCCCACUCAUAAUCUAAAAUUAUUUCAGUAAAACACGAAGUCCAAUACCUUUUUACUAACACGGACAAGUCAGCCGUCAUGUGAGUACACCAGAAACAUUUAAAAAUACAUGAAACAUUUUGGUUUCAUAUUUAAAUAAUUUGUGUGUUUUUAUUUUUAUUUCUGAAUUUAUCAUGUGCUUUAUUGUUUGUUUGUUUGUUUAAAAGUGUUUUUCAUACCUGUUCUAUUUUUAUCAUUUCUCUUAUCAUUAGUUUGACAAAGUAUUUCUUCCAGAAUAGAUGUUUCAAAGGGAUCCAAUAAUGUUGGACUUUUAAAUAAACUUUUAGUUGCAUUUAACUUGUUUAAUAAAUAAGUUUUUAAAUUGA